CAAGUCAGUUGAGCCUUAGCCGUGAUAGUGAAAUCAAAGAGCAAAAAAGUGAAGAAAACCUCCAUCUACAAUAUGCAGUUCAGCAUUGACUUAUAGAUAGAUUAUUGAAAAUAUAUAUAUAUAUACUGUAUAUAUAUAUAUUUAAAAUCCUAUGGCAUGUGAAUCUUACCACGGAUGACUGGGUAAACAGAUUUUUCUGGACAAUCUAGCUGCACUGAAGCAUGGCGUGGAUGAUCCUUUGGUUAUAUUACAUUGCUUUAUGGACAAGCAAAGGUUUUGGGAAUAAUAGCGUAUAUGACAAUAUUUACUCUGAAAAUAUAACCCGUAUCUUGGAUAGGCUUCUGGAUGGUUAUGACAACAGACUCCGUCCUGGAUUUGGAGGUCCUGUAACCGAAGUUAAAACUGACAUCUAUGUAACAAGCUUUGGUCCAGUUUCAGAUGUGGAAAUGGAAUACACAAUGGAUGUAUUUUUCCGGCAGACGUGGAUUGAUGAGCGGCUGAAAUUUGAUGGCCCCACAGAAAUACUCAGGUUAAACAACUUAAUGGUCAAUAAGAUCUGGACUCCAGACACCUUUUUCAGAAAUGGGAAAAGGUCGAUCUCUCAUAAUAUGACAACCCCCAAUAAACUCUUCAGAAUCAUGCAGAACGGAACAAUCCUCUACACUAUGAGACUGACGAUUAAAGCAGAAUGCCCAAUGAGAUUGAUGAAUUUCCCUAUGGAUGGACAUGCAUGCCCACUGAAGUUUGGCAGCUAUGCAUACCCCAAAAGUGAAAUUGUUUAUACCUGGAAAAAAGGACCCUUAUAUUCUGUUGAAGUACCAGAAGAAUCCUCAAGUCUUCUGCAGUAUGAUCUCGUCGGACAAACAGUUUCCAGUGAAACAAUGAAGUCUAACACAGGUGAAUAUGUUGUAAUGACGGUGCAUUUCCACCUGCAAAGGAAAAUGGGCUAUUUUGUGAUACAGACGUAUAUCCCAUGCAUAAUGACGGUCAUUCUUUCUCAGGUUUCUUUUUGGAUCAACAAGGAAUCUGUUCCAGCCAGGACAGUUUUUGGAAUUACAACUGUUCUAACCAUGACCACAUUAAGCAUCAGUGCAAGACACUCCUUUCCAAAAGUAUCCUAUGCUACUGCCAUGGAUUGGUUCAUUGCUGUCUGCUUCGCCUUUGUAUUCUCGGCUCUUAUUGAGUUUGCUGCAGUUAAUUAUUUCACCAACCUACAGACUCAACAGGCAAUGAUGAAAGUUGCUAAAGAAUCUGCCUUAGCAGCAGUGGCUGUGACGGUAACCUCAGACGAAGAGAUUAUUACGCACUCUGAUUCCAACUGCAACUUAAAGAAAAGAAUGAACUCAAUGGUUUCCCAAGGCAAUAUAUCAUUUGAAGACAACACACCACACUAUAGAGGUCCAUAUUGUCAACAAACAGAAGUGCCCACACCUGAUCUUACACAACUAGGAAUCUCAUCAUGUCCACAAAGUGGAACUAGUAAAAUAGAUCAAUAUGCCAGAAUACUGUUUCCAGUGGCUUUUGCAGGAUUCAAUUUAGUAUACUGGGUUGUUUAUCUUUCAAAAGACACAAUGGAGUUAAAUCGUAAUAGUUGAAGCUUUAGGGAGAGAAAGGUAAGCAUCUUUUAAUUUUAUAAUAAUAUAUUUAACAUUAAAUAUGUAUGUCAGGAUCAAUAAUAAUUGCCCGUUUAAAUUUAUUAAAGCAUUACAUUGUAUGACAUUUUUAUAUGACUUGAAAUAAGACUUACAGUAUAUACAAACAUAAAUUUAAUUGCACCAAAUAGUACAUCAUAAUGUAUCAUUUUUUAAUAUCCAUAUUUAAUAAAGAAAAUGGAAAAAGUAAGAAAUCAGACUAUGCCCAUAACCUUCUAUGUUUGGUACAACCAUAUCUGUCUUAAGAAUUCUCAAACAAGUAAUAAUUUUGUUGGAACUU